AUGAGCGCACUUCCCUCCGCCCUGAGACUGACCUGCUGCCGUUCCUGGCUACUGCUGAUCUGCCUCGUAUUCCUGGUGUCAAGCUGCGGCUCCGUGGCCGGCCGGGAUCGUCUCGCCACCCGGCAACUGCUGCACGCAGGUGAUGACGUCCGUGGCUCCAGCUUCAACGAGGAGGAGGAGGACGACGACAACGUCGAUGUGUACGACGAGCAGGACUAUCUCGAGGAGAACAUCACUGCGGCGAAGGGACAGUACCUGGGCUCGCCGUGCGAUGUCUCGUGCAAUCCGGAAUUGCAGCACGUGUUCUGCGACAGCGUCACUGGCCACUGCGAGUGCGAGAAAUUCUAUCCAGUUCGUCUUGGGCCUACCAAAGGAUGUGCCAAACCCAAAAGACUCGGGGAGCAGUGCUUCUAUCGGGCGACUUGCACUUUUACGGAUCAGCACUCGACCUGCACUCAAGUGCAGCACCAUGCUGUGUGCGACUGCGAGGUUGGCUACCAUAGGGUCUCCCUGUCCAGGCCUAACAAGAAGGUGUUCUGCGCCGAAGAUCUGGUGCUGAUAACUACGGACGUGCCGACCCUGCUCUUCAUCGCGUCCGGUAUCGCGAUAUUCACAGCGAUGAUAUGCUUCGUGCUCAAGCUAUUCAGCCGCGCGAGAUACACAAGGCCCCGGCAUUAUGCCAACGCAAAUCACGCGCCACCGAUGCUGUUCUCCAGCGACACCGGUAUACCACUGACGCUUCACGGCGGCCGACCGUCCUCUCGCUCCAGUCAACGAAGCAGCACAGCGGGCCCGUUAACCUACGCGUUCACCAGAAGGCCCAGCAGCGGCGGCAGUCGUGGUCCCCUGGUACCGGCGUCGAGAGCAGGUGCGGCACGUGCCGCCGCCAUCUUGCUUAUAUCGUGUCACCUGCAGGCGACCAAAGGCGGGAACAAGCAUCGACGUACCCUUAGCGACGUUGCUGAGGGAUCGUCCGACGGCCUCGGUUCUCGUCGUCCUAGCUUAUCCUCCAUUCACAGUUCGACGUCGUCGGCGCGUAGCUACAGCGCCAGACGACUGGAGAAGGAACGAAACGAGAAGGAGCAACGACAGGCCCUACAAGAGCUACGGCUGGCUAAGCAACGGGAACAAGAGAAGCAACAACAACAGCAACAGCAAGUCGCGCCCACGCCCAGUCCCAGGACGCCGCACUCCACGGACGAGCUGCUGCCAUCUGUGGAGGAAGGGAAAGAAGUGUUUUAUAACGAGCAGGUUCCGACCACGUCGGUCGCUACCGAAGAGACGCCGGCGAAGACAAUGGCGAUCACAAAGGCGGCAAUCGCGACGACCAGCAUGAACGCGAGCAGAUACAGCGAGGCAACGCCGGUCACCACUUCGACAACGUCCAUCUUCGAAACGAACAUCGCGCCGCGAGCCACCGGUGACAUUUUUCAAGUGUAGUUAACAGGGGGCGAGGGGGGUGGUUAGGAUGGGAAAAGAGCCCGAUCCAGGGAACUAUUUAUCCAGAUUCUAAUCAAGUGAAAGGCAGAGGUCAUAACGUAGAACACGUAAACACACGGCACAAUUCUAAACGAACGUAAUUUUGUUAUCGUCCUUAAACGGUUGAAGGAUCCACGGGAGACUAUUCAGAUCGAAACGAAGCGUUCGAUGGACAGAGACCGGAAGUCUCGCGCCGAUUAUUACGCCAGGCUUCGCACUAGCGAUCGAAGACACGGACAGAUCACAAUCAGUCGGAAUUUAAAU